GUGGUCAAGGCUUUCAACUACGCAAACUUCGAGGAGGUGGACAAGUCGAUGUGGGCAAAAGAUCUCAGCUAUGCCAACGAGACUCUGGAUGCCUUCUAUCACAAGUUUGACUGCCCAGUCAUGGUUUUGAAAGGGCAGUUCGACCAGGCCAGCGACUCCUUCGGGAAGAAGAAGAGCAAGUUCAAGGCCGUGACCGUGAAGAUCAAGGGCUCGGACGAGACAAUCGACCUCCCGGCCGAGUCGGAGACCACUGUCAAGGAGAUGCUGACAGUUCUUGACAAGAUGUUCAGCUACAAGAGGGGGAGCAAUCUCAAGUGUCUCUCACCUGAUGGCCGCGAGCUCGCCAUGGACAGCCAAGUCCCU